UUAUUAUCCAAAAAAAUGAGCGAUACGACCAACAAGCGACCUGCCGACGAAGCACUCGCCGGCGAUGCCAAGAAGCACGCCGGCAGCCGCGUUGUCCGCGUGUGGUGCGACGGCUGCUACGACAUGAUGCACUUUGGCCAUGCAAACUCACUGCGUCAAGCCAAGCUGAUGGGCGACUGGCUGGUCGUUGGCGUUCACACGGACGAGGAGAUCACCCGGAACAAGGGCCCGCCGGUCAUGACCGAGCAGGAGCGCUACAAGAUGGUUCGCGCGUGCAAGUGGGUGGACGAGGUCGUCGAGGACGCGCCGUACAACACCACGCUCGAGACCCUCGACGCCAACAACUGCGAUUUCUGCGUUCACGGCGAUGAUAUUACCACCGAUGCUGCAGGCAACGAUACUUACGGUGUCGUCAAGUCUGCCCGUCGCUACCGCGAGUGCAAGCGCACCGAGGGUAUCUCGACGACCGAUCUCGUUGGCCGCAUGCUUCUCAUGACCAAGGACCACUUUACCGGAGUUGACUUUUCGAACGUCUCCAAGUCUCUCGGCUCCCUUGCUUCCGACCAUGCUGGCUCCAAGCCCGGCACUCAGAUCAGCCACUACCUCCCAACGUCACGACGCAUUGUGCAAUUCUCGGAGGGCCGUGAGCCCAAGCCGACCGAUCGCGUUGUUUACGUUGCUGGCGCCUUCGACCUCUUCCACCCCGGCCAUGUUGAUUUCCUCGAGAAGGCCAAGGCCCUCGGAGAUUACCUCGUUGUUGGUCUUCAUCCUGAUCUGACUGUCAACCGAUACAAGGGCGACAACUUCCCGAUCAUGAACUUGCACGAGCGUACUCUGUGCGUGCUUGCCUGCAAGUUUGUCGACGAAGCGGUUAUCGGUGCUCCUUAUUCUGUUACGGAAGAGCUCAUUGAGCAUUUCCGCGUCUCAGUGGUUGUCCAAGGCGCUGGUGAGGUCCAACCUGACGUUGACGGUCAGGAUCCCUACCGCGUCCCCAAGGCCAAGGGCAUUUUCCGCACCGUCGAGUCAAACAACCCUCUGACGGAAAAGAUUAUCGUGCAACGCAUCAUCGACCACCGUCGACUGUACGAGGAGCGCAACCGCAAGAAGGAGCUCAAGAAGCUUGAGGAAGAGAAGGAGAAGGCUCGCAUUGCCGCCGAGGCUGCCAACGCCAAGCUCAACUAAACGUCUGCAACAACCCCAACUCUCUGCACCUUGUAGAAAGUCAUUGUUGUCAAUCUCGUACAUUGUCAUUUGGCGAUUUGCAUGAUGACUUGUGUCUUGUUCAGCACCCAAACAAACAAACAAACAAACAAAAAACAACACUCCAAGUUCAAAAUCGC